UAGCAAAAUGGCGCUCAAGGCACAAGUCGGUCAAAAGAUUAUGAAUGAAGUCAUCAAACAGAAGAAAACCGGAAGUUCUGGCGUUCAAUGGCGAAUUUUAGUAGUUGAUAAACUGGCCAUGAGAAUGGUAUCUGCGUGUUGUAAAAUGCACGAUAUCAGUGCACAAGGCAUUACCUUAGUAGAAGAUAUCAACAAGAAACGGGAACCUUUACCUACCAUGGAGGCAAUCUACCUAAUCACACCAUGCAAUUCUUCUGUCCAAAAAUUAAUCGAAGACUUCAGUAAUCCUACCAGGACUUCUUACAAAGUAGCCCAUGUUUAUUUCACAGAAGUGUGUCCGGAGGAGCUGUUCAAUGAACUCUGCAAGUCUCUCGCCGCUAAAAAGAUCAAAACCCUGAAAGAGAUCAACAUCGCUUUCUUGCCUUACGAAUCUCAGGUUUUCUCCUUGGAUUCAGCUGAAACAUUUGCUUGCUUUUAUAAUGCUUCCUUUUCCAACUUGAGAACAGCCAAUAUGGAAAGAAUAGCUGAACAAAUUGCGACACUUUGUGCUACUCUUGGAGAAUAUCCAUCAGUUAGAUAUCGAAGCGAUUUUGAUCGAAAUUUGGAAUUGGCACAUAUGAUUCAACAAAAAUUAGAUGCUUACAAAGCAGAUGAGCCAACGAUGGGUGAAGGACCUGAAAAAGCACGUUCUCAAUUACUUAUUUUAGACAGAGGAUUUGACUGUGUUUCACCCUUGUUACACGAAUUAACGCUACAAGCUAUGGCAUAUGAUUUAUUAGAUAUUGAGAAUGAUGUUUAUAGAUUUGAGGCAUCUGCAGGAGUACAAAAGGAAGUAUUAUUAGAUGAAAAUGACGAUUUAUGGGUAGAUCUUAGACAUCAGCAUAUUGCUGUAGUUUCACAGAAUGUUACUAAAAAUUUAAAGAAAUUCACAGAAUCAAAAAGAAUGCCACAAGGAGACAAACAAAGUAUGAGGGAUCUUUCACAGAUGAUUAAAAAAAUGCCACAAUAUCAAAAAGAAUUGAGUAAAUAUGCCACACAUUUACAAUUAGCAGAAGAUUGUAUGAAACGUUACCAAGGAAAUGUAGAUAAACUAUGUAAAGUAGAGCAAGACUUAGCGAUGGGUACAGAUGCUGAAGGAGAACGUAUCAAAGAUCAAAUGAAAAAUAUUACUCCAAUUUUACUUGAUCAAACUGUACAUCAUUUAGACAAAUUACGAAUUAUUGCAUUAUAUGUUAUUAGUAAAAAUGGUAUUUCUGAAGAAAAUCUUAAUCGUCUUGUUCAUCAUGCUCAAAUAUCUCCUGAUGAUAAACAAACUAUAGUAAACAUGGCUAAUCUUGGUAUUAACAUAGUUGUAGAUGGUGGUAAUCGUAAAAAAUUAUAUACCGUACAACGUAAAGAAAGAAUUACAGAACAAACUUAUCAAAUGAGUCGUUGGACUCCAGUUAUGAAAGAUAUUAUGGAAGACGCUAUUGAAGAUAAACUGGAUUCUAAACAUUUUCCUUUUUUGGCUGGACGAGCAGCAAGCUCGGGAUAUCAUGCUCCAACUAGUGCAAGAUAUGGACAUUGGCAUAAAGACAAAGGUUCACAAACUAUUAAGAAUGUUCCAAGAUUAAUCGUUUUUGUCGUUGGAGGUGUUUGCUUUUCUGAAAUCCGAUGCGCUUACGAAGUUACAAAUGCUUUAAAAAAUUGGGAAGUCAUAAUUGGUUCGUCGCAUAUAAUUACACCGAAAUCCUUCUUAGAUGAUUUAAGUAAACUUCACAUAUAAAAAAAAAAUGUUUAUGUUGUAAAAAAAAAUAAAAACAUUCCCGUAUUCCUAAUAUGCCAUUAGCUUUGGCUCCGUUAAUAAUAAUAUCAGCUACGAAGUUUUGUGGAUGAUCUCGAAGUAUAAUUAAUAUAAAAUAAGGAACACUCAGUCAAUUGUUAAAGUCGUCUAGUUAAUUAGCGACUAAUUAAAAACAUUGGGAAAUGUCAUAUCAUAAACAUCAUUUGGCUAGAAUAUAAUAGCGCCAGAAGAAAAAGAUAUUAAGUGCCUGCGCAAAUAAAAAAUGUAUGGAAGGAAUAAAUAUGUUGGCAAUACUAAUGAAAAUCGUACAGAGGUGCUUAAUAGUAAUUUAGGCUCGCGAAUGAUCUAGCUCAAAUAUCAUAUGUUAUCCUAUGCCAUAUUAUCCCUUUGUUAAAAAAUAAGCGAUGCGUUUAGCAAAAAGAAAUUGAUGUAUUGUAGUAGAAAAUCGUGAUGUUCGUGUAAAUUUCUCGUUAUUAUUAAUAUUUCGUUAUCUCCCGCUCCAAAAAUUAUCGAUUGUUACACUAUGAUAAAGAAUAUUUAGUGUGAAGAUUUCGCUUGCGAAAUCAGUAUUAUUGUUUCUUUAAUUCAUAUAAGAAUUGAGUAUUGUAUAACAUGGAUUAUAUGUCCCUUAAUUUCAGCAAGCAUAGUUUAGUAAGAAAAUAAGUAAAAUUAAUAUUUAUUUUGUAAAUCGUUCAAAGUUAUUUAAAUAUGUUUAAAGAUACAAAUAUUUAAAUGUCUUAUUGUAUAAUAAAACGAUAGAUGUAUAUUUAGUUAUUCGUUACAUGUACUUUAUUAUAUUAUCAAUUUGUUGCUAAAUAAGUGCAUUUGAAUAGCGUACAGAUAUGUAUUGAAUUAUAUAUAAUAUAAAUGCCGUUUUUGGUUCACCUUAAAACGUGCAUUUAUAUCAAUUUGAGAACUGUCCGAUUAUAAAAGACUUACACUUGUUUCAUUCAAAAUAAUAUCUUUACUAUAUUGAUAAGUACUUACACGUUGAGACUUCUGCUACAUACGAAGCAAUUGUACAUCGCUUUCGCGAUCGGUGGAAGUUAAUCUGUUAAUGAUCGUAAUGGUUAUUGAUAAUAUUGUGUUAAUAUUGUGAUUAUUUAGCGGCGAGAUUAUUACAAAGUUUACGGUAUUGAUUAUUACGUAAUACAUUAUAUGAGUACAUAUAUGUAUGUAGAUUGUAGUUUAAACAAAAUGUUCUGCUUAUAAAGGCCUACAAUUCGCUCCAA